AUGGGUUCACGGGCAUUGGAAAUUACAAUAAUAUCGGGGGAAGGGCUACGGCUUAGUCGAAGCAAGAGGGUAGAAAAGAAUGCAUUUGUAACCGUCAGCGCAGACCAAACACAAAUUUUGGCAUCGACUAGAAUGGACGUUGAUGGCGGUAGUUAUCCAACAUGGAACGAUAAAAUAUUUGUGGACAUCCCAAUUCAAUCGAGGUUCCUGAUAGUUGAGGUUCAAUGUAAGAGUAAAUACAACGGAGACCGUGUUGUGGGAGGAGUUAGGAUUCCUGUUAAGGAUUUUGUCGGAGGAUUCACGCCGACAAAUUAUUUGAAUUUUUUGAGUUAUAGACUUAGAGAUCGGAAAGGAGAGAAAAAUGGAAUCAUUAAUAUUUCAAUUAAGGUUAACUCGACUAAGGGUGAUCAUGUCGACGGAUUUAAUUACUCGCAACCGUGGUUAACAGCUUCUUAUAACAACCAAAUUGCGGCUACAACAAUAGUGGGAAAUAAGGAUUCCAAUAAUGGAAUUGUCACGGGCUUUCCUGUUUGGUGA